AUGGGCUUGUGGGCCUCGUUGAUGUCCACAGCGGAGACAUGGUGUGUUCGUGGGCUUAAUCAAUUUCCAUCCCUCUCGCACUGGCAGCGGGUCCAGUGUCACUUUAGGUCACCCGCAUUUCACGCCAUGGGCUGCCGCAUAAGCUGUGAGGAGGGCGAGCCGGCGGCGGCGGCGCUGGAGGACGACAACCUGCUCUCCGAGAUCCUCCUCCGCCUGCCGCCGCUCCCGUCCUCCCUCCCGCGCGCCUCCGCCGUCUGCAGGCGCUGGCGCAGCCUCAUUUCCGACCCAGCCUUCUCCCGCCGCUUCCGCCUCCACCACCGCCGCAACCCUCCACUCCUCGGCUGCUUCCGCGCAGGUGCCGACGGCCCGUCCUUCGAGCCUACUCUGGAGGCCCCAGAUCGUGUUCCGCCCGGGCGUUUUUCCUUGCAGUCCGACCUUGUCCACUUCCAGUUCCGGGUCCUCGGGUGCCGCCAUGGCCUUGUAUUAAUCCUCGACCCAACGAGGCUCCAGUUGCUGGUAUGGGCCCCCGUCACCGGCCACCAGCACAACGUAUCCAUUCCCACGGGAUUCGAUCGGCUCAAGUUGGUCCGCGGGGCGGUGCUCCGCGCUGCUCCCGGGGACGUCCACUUCCAGAUCGUCUUGGUAGUGGCAGACCACGAUGAGAUGCAACAUGGACGAGCGCUGGCCUGCGUUUACUCGUCCAAGACCGUGGCGUGGGGUAAUCCCAUCUUAACAUCGAUUCCCUCCGGGAACGAAUUUCCCACCAGGGCUUCUGGGGAUCUGGCUGUGCUGGCUGGGCAUUCCCUUUACUGGAUACUUUAUGGUAAUUUGCCAAAUAUCCUUGAGUUUGAUUUGGAGAGGGAGAGCCUGGCCGUGAUACCGUUGCCAGCAAAUAUGUUUGAUGUUCAAGGCUUCACACUCAUGCGGGCUGAGGAUGGUGAGCUGGGUUUUUUCUCCGUGUCAGGCCUCACUGCCCGGUUAUGGAAGAGGAACACCAUCUGUAAUGGUGUUCGAUCAUGGGGGAUAGUAAGAACUGUUGAAUUGGACAAGCUACUUUCCCUGGAUCCAGAGGAGCAUGUAACCAUAUAUGGGUUUGCUGAGGAUAAUAAUUUGGUGUUCCUGCGGGUCGGUAUGAGCAUCGUCUUCACUGUCCAGAUUGAGUCAUUGCGGUUCAAGAAAGUUUUCGACACCUACAAAUGGCUUUGUUAUUAUCCAUUUGAAAGUGUCUAUGCUGCAGGUAUCUAG